AAAUACUCACAAGUUAUCGGUAUGGCACACAGAAACCAAGCCUCCCAGUUGGACAUGAAGAAGCCUCUUUGUCUGAUUGGAGAGACUCUAAGUGGAUACUUUCGGGUCCUUGGGAAUCCUGACUGACACUCUGAUAGGUACUUGCAAGAGAACAAAAAUGGCAAGAGGCAAUCGUACUGCAGUAACAGAAUUUGUCCUCAUAGGAUUCACAGACCACCCUGAACUUCAGCUUCCCCUCUUUGUGGUAUUUCUAGCAAUUUAUCUCCUCACCCUGGUGGGAAAUCUAGGUAUGAUCCUACUCAUCAAGGUGGAUUCAAGGCUCCACACACCCAUGUACUAUUUCCUCAGCCAUCUGGCAUUCAUUGAUCUUUGUUACUCAUCUUCCAUUGGGCCAAAGAUGCUGCAAAACUUGCUGGUGAAGAAAAAAACCAUCUCUUUUUCUAGCUGUUUUGCCCAACUAUACUUCUCCAGUGCGUUCUCCACCACCGAAUGCUUCCUCUUGGCCACAAUGGCCUAUGACCGCUAUAUGGCUAUCUGCAACCCCCUGAUUUACACAGCCAUUAUGACCCAACGCGUCUGCAAGGAACUGGUCAUCGGGGUCUAUACCUACGGCUUCCUCAACUCUGUGAUACAGACUGUUCUGACUUUCCAGUUGUCUUUCUGUGACUCCAAUGUCAUCCACCAUUUCUAUUGUGCUGACCCUCCUCUCUUGGCCCUCUCCUGCUCUGACACCCACAACAAAGAAAAGCAGCUCUUGAUCUUCUCUGCAGUGAAUCUCACCGGAUCUCUGCUGACCGUCCUGGUCUCCUACGUUUGCAUCCUCUUCACCAUCAUAAAAAUUCAGUCUUCUGAGGGCAAGUGCAAAGCAUUCUCCACAUGUGCCUCUCACCUCACUGUGGUCAUCAUCUUCUAUGGGACACUGUUUUUCAUGUACCUGUGGCAGCCUAAAGAAGGGAAUUCAUGGAAGUACAACAAAGUGGUCUCUGUGUUCUAUAGUCUUGUGAUUCCUAUGCUCAAUCCCUUGAUCUACAGCCUGAGGAACACAGAAGUAAAAGACAGCCUGAGGAAAAUGCUAGAGGGCAAAGAUGCAUAGAGGGGGACAUGGAAUGUAGCUUUGUGUCAGCAUGUGGCACGACCAGUCUGAUGGAAAUUGUUUAAUUAGGAUAAAUUGAAUGUUUAAUUAA